GAGUAGAGUUCAUUGAACUAAUUUAAAUCUCAAGGUAAUGAGGCGUCAAAAAUAUUUUCCUAAAUGGUUCUUCGGAUUCGCAUCAGAAACGGUCGUUCUCGGAUGCAUUUUGCAAUUAGGAGUUUUGUUUACUGCUUAUAUUGUAUAUUCAAAAUACAAAAUGUCGUAUGAAAACAUAUUGUUUGCUGAUGCUUAUGCUGUUAAUGGGACUCCUCAGGGAUCAGUCAUAAGUGAAACUAAAGAACAUUCUUUAUUCUUGACUAUCCACUUGAGCCCUAUUGCAUCUCCACAAGAAUGUUUGGAGUCUGUUGGACAUAUUGAGGACUGAUCAUUUGAGAGGACAUUCGAAGAAAGUUCAAAAACCGAGAUCAAACCGUUUACGUUUGGAGUUCCGUUUCUCGCACCGAGUAGUGAAUUACUGGAAUUCUCUACCGGAACACGUAAUAUCAGCACCAUCUGUUAAUAUAUUCAAAACGAGAUUGGAUCUCCAUAGUAUUACAAACUGCAAGGAUUAAUAUAGGUCGACAGACCUCCUAUCCUUAUUACUGAAGACUGAAGACUGAAGACUAGUGAAUGGAAAGAAAAUGUAUUAUUAGAUCAACAGAAUUUAACUUCUGUACACAACAUAAACUCAUUUGUAUGAAUAUGAAAAAUGAGCCAUACAUGUUGAAUACAUUAUUCCGAUUUUUUUGAAUGUUAUUUUUAGAGAUAUGUUGAUUCAAUUUGUCCAAGACAUUUGUGUCGUGAAGAUGAAAUUCUAUAUGGUGUCGGUUUCGGAUUUGAUUUCUUUCGAAAAAUCAGCCCCGAUUUUGGACACAAGAAAGUUGAACCCUUUAAAUAUCAUGAACGUUCAGGGGCUUUGGGUAGACUUCCUAAGACGGGCGGAGAUAUAUUUAUUCAUGCUAAGUGCAAUAAUUAUGGCAAGUUGUUUGAACUGACACAAGCCAUCAUUAAUAAUUUACCACCCAGAUCUGUAGACAGAUUCGAAGAUAUUUACGGAUGGGUUUAUCGUAAUGGGCGUGAUUUGAGUGGUUUUAUUGAUGGAACAAUGAAUCCGAGAGAUCCAGAUGAACGGGCAGAGGUAGCAAUCAACACAUAUACAGGCGGAAGUUAUGGUCUUGUUCAAAAAUGGAUUCAUGAUAUGGAUUUGCUUCGAUCAACACCAGAUAAUAUAAAAGAAAAAUGGAUUGGUCGAACAAUUGAACAUAGUUUUGUAUUACAUGAUAAAUCUAUUACAUCACAUAUUGCUAGAAUGAUUGGAUCUGCAGAAAGAGGUAAAUGGCCAAAAUUUCGUAUUGUUCGACAAUCUCAACCAUAUGGUACAUUAUCUGGUGAAGCUGGACUAUUAUUCCUUGCAUAUGCAGCUGAAAUAAAAAAUUUCAAUUUUAUGCUAGAUCGUAUGACUGGUGAUACUGAAGAUAGAGAAAUAGAUGAUGUAAUGCGUUUUAGUCAUUGUGUUACAGGAAAUUAUUGGUACUUUCCCAGUCAAGAAGAACUCACUCGUUUAGUUACUAUGGGCAAACUAGAACCUUAACUCACAAGCUUAAUCAUAUUUUUAUAAAAUUAAUUUAAAUGGAUGA